AUGGAUGUGGUGGAUGAAAACGAGGCCCUUCAACAGUUCUUUGAAGGACAAGAUGUCCUUGGGACAUUGGAGGAUGCAAUGGCGGAUACACGUAUGUUGGAAGAAUUUAUAGGAAGUGAGCCUGAAUUAUUUGGAACUCGGCCAAGCAAGCUACCAGACUCACCACCAGAUUCUGGAUCGGAGUUAUGUUCACCAGCACAGUCCAAAGAAUGCACCAGCACAUUUCCUUGCAUCUUUUUGGAGGCUUCUUCUAAGAUGAAUCCCAAUGGGCAAGUCUGUGGUCCACACCAAGAUUGUGGUCUGAAGACGGGCAAUGCUGUAACUCUUUGGAAUAAUUUUAUGCCUUCUGCACACCAUUCUUCAAAUUAUUCUCAUCCAGCUUCUCUCAACCCAAGCCUUUCCUUGAUGUCUAAAAAGAGAAAGCGCUCGUUGGAGGAGUCUCUUGAAUUUCUCACAUGUACUGACAGUGCUGGACCAAUGACAGUUGAGGACUCUUCUUCCACCAUGCAAGAAUACGACAGUGAUGGCCAGAAUGCAGCAUCUGCUGAGAAAUGCUGUCAGUCCCUGGCAUGGCAACCGUAUCGAAUAUUUCCUUGGAGCAGCCUUUUAAACCACAAUUAUGAAAAACUCCCAGAUGUGGGAUAUCACGUUGUUGCAGACAAAGGAUUUAAUUUUUCAGCAGCAGAUGAUGCUUUUGUUUGUCAGAAGAAAAACCAUUUCCAGAUCACAGUCUACGUUUGUGUUACUGGAAAUCCAAAAUUUGUCAAAACCAGUUUGGGACUGAAACCUAUAGAAAGCUUUUACUUGAAGGCUUUUGGAAUUAAGAUGGAAGCACCCAAUCAAGUGAUUGUAGUUGAACAAUCUCAGUCUGACCGAACCAAAAGACCUUUCUAUCUGUUUAAAGUUGAUCUGCCAGAAGACCAGGUCACCAAAGUAACUCUGGCAAGGCUGCACUUUAGUGAAACAACAGCAAAUAAUAUGAGAAAGAAAGGGAAACCUAACCCUGAUCAAAGAUACUUCAAGUUGGUGGCUGGAUUAUACGCUGUCAGUCAAGACCAGUCUUAUUUGGUGAUUGCUCAUGUCUCUGAAAAGAUAAUUGUCAGGGCCUCAAACCCUGGACAGUUUGAGAAUGACAGUGAUCUGCUCUGGCAACGAGGACAUAUUCCAGACUCCGUUGUUUAUCAUGGUCGAGUAGGAAUUAACACAGAUGCACCAGAUGAAGUCUUGGUUGUCUGUGGAAACAUGAAAGUCAUGGGGGCAGUCAUGCAUCCAUCUGACCAUCGAGCCAAACAGAACAUCCAAGAAGUUGAUACACAUCAGCAGCUGAGAAGAAUAGCACAGAUGAGGCUGGUUGAAUAUGACUACAAGCCUGAGUUUGCAUCUGUUAUGGGAAUUAAUCAGACCCAUGAAACAGGAGUGAUAGCCCAGGAAGUUCAAGAACUUCUGCCAAGAGCCAUAAGAGAAGCUGGAGACGUUGUAUGUGAAAAUGGAGACAGAGUCGAUAAUUUCCUCAUGGUUGACAAGGAUCAAAUUUUUAUGGAGAAUGUGGGUGCAGUUAAGCAGCUCUGCAAAUUAACCAACAAUCUUGAAGUUAGGAUAGAAGAGUUGGAAGCAUGGAAUAAAAAACUUGCCACACAGAAACGAAUAAACAGCUUAAAGUCAGCGACCAGAGAAAAGAAUUCUAUGAGGAAAUUUGGCCAAGCUGCUUCUUGGUUACCAUCACGAAAACCAAUUCCAACAAAACCUGGCAAGGUAUGUCUUCCAGCGAAGAAACAGUCAUGGUCCAGCACCAGGAUUUUCCAGAUAAGUGUAAUUGCUUUGGUUGCUGUUAUGGCACUUUGCGUUACAACGAUGUCAACCCUUUAUGUACUAAGCAUACCAGAGCAAGAUAUUGUCCCUCCUGAAUACAGCAAUUCAACUAGUCUGAUGACAGUUCCUCCAUCCAUCACCCUUACAGGUACUGUGACCAGAUAUAGUACAGUGUCCUCAACCACCAAACCUACCACAAGCAUACCUGAAGUGAAUUUCUGUGGUAUUUUGCAAUGUCAUAAAACUUACUGCUGUCCACUUCAUCAGGCAGUAAGAAAAGAUCUAAAUUAUCAGAAGAUGAAGACAAAGGAGGAGAGAAAUAAAAGAAAAGGACUAUUGGAACAAAACUGGAUUGAGAAGCCUGACCUUGGAAAUGACUGGAUCGAUACAACAAUCACAUCUAUUCAGAUUUUACAGACACAGCAAAAAAUUGAUCAUCGCUAUUGCAGCAAAAAUCUGCAGUGCGGGUCUGGAAAUUACAGUUACUUUAUUCCCAUUAACAAAUAUACACCCGUCAAGGUAAAAAUCUCACUGGAAUUCAAUACAACAGAACCAUUAAUUAUCUUUCAAUGCAAAACCACCUAUGGAAAUCCUUGUUCGUAUCAUCCUCAAACCCAUGAGAAGAGGGAACCCUUUCAGGAAACCACACAGGGGUUCCAUCAUAUUUGGGAUCUUCCUGUAGCCUCCGUUUAUGACAGUGCAUAUCAUUUUCGGGUUGCUGCUCCAGAUCUUGCAGACUGUUCAACAGAUCCUAACUACACUGGGAUAUUUUUCACCGAUUAUUUCUUCUAUUUUUAUCGCAAAUGCAACUAAAAGGCUGGCAUUAGCAUUUCUUGCAAAA